UUUGACUGUCACGUGGUCCGUUCGCGCGAAAAGUGACUCCCGGCAGGAAGAAGAAGAAGAGUUUUUAGAAGAGGCAGAGAAACAGCAGCACAGCAAUGGCGGAUUCCUCUGAAUCAUUCCACAUGGUCACAAGCCCUAGCCGAGCCUCCAGGAGAGGAGACCUGACCUCCAGCCCUGGACGAGACCUGCCUCCCUUUGAGGAUGAGUCUGAAGGGCUGCUGGGAGAUGGACCCCUGCCUGAAGAGGAGGAGGAAGACGGGGAUGGGGAGGACCUGAUUGGGGAUGGGAUGGAGAGGGAUUACCGUGCCAUCCCAGCGCUGGAUCAGUACGAGGCAGAGGGUUUGGAACUGGACGACGAGGAUCUGUCGGAGAUGUCGCCCGGAACCCGAGCUGCUGCUGAGGAGGCGAUGAGGAGGAGGGACAGGGAGCAGGGGCUCAGUGGACGGCUGAGGAGAGAACUACUUUACGACAGCGAAGACGAGGAUGACGAGCGCCCUGCCGCUCGACGAAGGCGCUUAGCUGAGCGUGCAGCAGAGGGGGUUACGGAUGGAGAUGAAGAGGAGAUGAUCGAGAGCAUCGAGAACCUGGAAGACAUGAAGGGCCACACUGUGAGGGAGUGGGUAUCCAUGGCAGCUCCCCGGCUGGAGAUCUACAACCGCUUCAAGAACUUCCUGCGAACCCACGUGGACGAAAAUGGACACAACGUGUUCAAAGAGAAGAUCAGUGACAUGUGCAAAGAGAAUAAGGAGAGUUUGGUUGUAAACUAUGAGGAUCUCGCAGCUAGAGAGCAUGUCUUGGCUUAUUUCCUGCCGGAGGCUCCAACUGAGAUGUUGAAGGUUUUUGAUGAAGCAGCUAAAGAAGUGGUCCUCGCCAUGUACCCAAAAUAUGACCGCAUUGCUCACGAGAUCCACGUCCGCAUCUGUAACCUGCCGCUGGUGGAGGAGAUCCGAUCGCUCAGGCAGCUCCAUCUGAACCAGCUGAUCCGGACCAGCGGCGUGGUGAGCAGCUGCACCGGCGUACUCCCUCAGCUCGGCAUGGUCAAGUACAACUGUAACAAGUGUAACUUCGUGCUGGGGCCCUUCUUCCAGUCCCAGAACCAGGAGGUGAAGCCGGGCUCCUGUCCAGAGUGUCAGUCCCAGGGGCCUUUUGAGAUCAACAUGGAGGAGACAGUGUACCAGAACUACCAGAGGAUCACCAUCCAGGAAAGUCCGGGUAAAGUGGCGGCUGGACGCCUCCCUCGCUCUAAAGACGCCAUCCUGCUCGCAGACCUGGUGGACAGCUGCAAACCUGGAGACGAGAUUGAGCUGACGGGCAUCUACCACAACAACUAUGACGGCUCUUUAAACACCUCAAACGGCUUCCCAGUGUUCGCCACUGUGAUCCUGGCCAAUCACAUCACCCGCAGGGACGAGGGCGUGGCCGUGGCCGAGCUGACGGAUGAAGACAUCAAAGCCAUAGUUACCUUCUCGAAGGAUGAGCGCAUCGGGGAGAGGAUCUUCGCCAGCAUUGCACCGUCCAUCUACGGUCAUGAGGACAUCAAGAGGGCGCUGGCUCUGUCGCUGUUUGGAGGAGAGCCCAAAAAUCCAGGUGGGAAACAUAAGGUGCGUGGGGACAUUAAUGCGCUGCUGUGUGGAGACCCGGGAACCGCCAAGUCCCAGUUUCUCAAGUACGUGGAGAAGGUGGCGAGCCGUGCUGUGUUCACCACCGGUCAGGGAGCCUCUGCCGUCGGUCUGACCGCCUACGUGCAGAGACACCCAGUGAGCCGUGAGUGGACGCUGGAGGCCGGAGCGCUGGUGCUGGCCGACCGCGGAGUCUGUCUGAUCGAUGAGUUUGAUAAGAUGAACGACGCAGACAGGACGAGUAUCCACGAGGCCAUGGAGCAGCAGAGCAUCUCCAUCUCCAAAGCCGGCAUCGUCACCUCGCUGCAGGCCAGAUGCACCGUCAUCGCCGCUGCCAACCCCAUCGGUGGCAGGUACGACCCGUCUCUAACCUUCGCUGAGAACGUGGACCUGACGGAGCCCAUUGUGUCACGUUUUGACGUGCUGUGCGUUGUCCGGGACACCAUCGACCCUGUUCAGGAUGAGAUGUUGGCUCGCUUCGUGGUCGGUUCCCACAUCAAGCAUCACCCUAGCAACAAGGAAGGGGGCGCGUCUUUAGAGGAGAUGGUUUUGCCCAACUCGUCCGACGUGCCGCCGAUUCCUCAGGAGCUCCUGAGGAAGUACAUCAUCUACGCCAAAGAACGGGUGCACCCAAAACUGAACCAGAUGGAUCAGGACAAGGUGGCUCGCAUCUACAGUGACCUGCGCAGAGAGUCCAUGGCCACAGGCAGCAUCCCCAUCACGGUUCGUCACAUCGAGUCCAUGAUCCGAAUGGCAGAGGCCCACGCCAAGAUGCACCUGAGGGACUACGUCCUGGAGGACGACGUCAACAUGGCCAUCAGAGUGAUGCUGGAGAGCUUCAUCGACACACAGAAGUUCAGCGUCAUGAGGAGCAUGAGGAAGACGUUUGCCCGCUACCUGGCCUUCCGUAGGGACAACAACGAGCUGCUGCUCUUCAUCCUCAAACAGCUGGUGGCUGAGCAGGUGGCCUACCAGAGGAACCGUUACGGAGUCCAGAAUGACACCAUCGAAAUCCCUGAGAAGGAUCUGCAAGAUAAGGCUCGACAGAUUAACAUCCACAACCUGUCGGCCUUCUACAACAGCGACCUUUUCCACUCCAACAAGUUCAGCCAUGACGGCAAGAAGAAACUCAUCCUGCAGCAGUUCUGAGCAACUCAACCCACUCCUCUUCCUCUUCCUCUUCCAUGAACUGUUAGCCGCCUCGGUGGGUCAGUGGGCGGUGUUUAGGGUUCAGCUGCUGUGGAAGAUGUUUUUAUCUCCAAGACGGGUGGUUGCUGAAGUUUUACAUGUUCAGUUCAUCUGUUUAGACAGAACUGAGUGUUGGAGAUGAAACUGCGUCAUCGGUGGAUGUGAAUGAGUCCAGACGCGAUGUUUUCUUCUGCUCAGGCUUGUGGCCGAUUGUAAAUAAAUGUACAUGUUGUUGAAGGAUGUGACUUGAUGCUUCACUUCUGUCUGUAGAUGUUUAUAUUUGCAGCUUUCCUGCUCGGUGUUGGCUUUUGUAGCUGCAGCUGAAGUCUCAUAAUUAAUAAACACAAUCUUAGAGGUUAAAAUAAACUGUUACUGUUUUCUACAUGUUGGACUUUUGCUGUGUUCUGAUAUUAAAGAAGGAAUUCGUUCAAUAAUUGUUUAAUAAAUGUUGGAAUUCUUUAAAGUG